CAGGGAGCAUGCAGUGCUCGCCGGUGCGCAGUGUCCCUCGGACACAGCGGAUCACAGAGCCGAAGAUGUCGGCUCGGUCAUGUGAUCAGCUGUGUCCAAUCACAGCUGAUCACAUGGGACAUGUACACUGAUCAUCAGGGCACUGAUGAUCAGUGUGCCCUGAUGAUCAGUGUGGCCCCAGAAGUGCCACCUGUCAGUGUCCAUCAGUGCCAGCAGUUAGUGCCCAUCAGUGCCAGUGCCCAUCAGUGCCACAUCACUGCCACAUAUCAGUGCAUACCAGUGCACAUCAAUGCCACAUAUCAGUGCCCAUCUGAGCUGCCUGUCAGUGCCACCUAUGAAUGCCAAUCAGUGCCACCUAUCAGUGCUGCCAAUCAGUGCCAU